AGCGAUGCCUGCACCCCACGUCGGCGGGGCGAGUCCCCGCCCACGCCAGCUCCCUGCGCAUGCGCACCCUGGGAGGCAGCAGCGACGGCUCAAGUCCGAGGGUCCCUGCCGCCCACGUGGGAGCCCCCGAUCGGAUUGGGGGCCCCUGACCUUGGCCUGGCCCAGCCCCGGCGGUCGUGGGGGCACUUGGGGGAGGGAACCAGCGGGUGAAAGCUCUCUCCAUCUACCCCUGCCUUCCUCUUUGUCUCUACUUGGCUGGCUGUCUGCUCCCACGCGUGCUGUGCCGCAGGGCAGGGCUCUGGGGGUCCCCGUGAGCCGCCCCCGGUCCCGCCCCUCGCAGGGCUCCCUGGCGGACGUGCUGCAGGAGGUCUGGCCCGCCUCCUUCUACGGGGUCCCCCGGAUCCGGGACGGCAUGCUGGACCUGCUCAAGGCCGGGCCCCUGGACUCCAGCGCCUUCCGUGGCCGUGGGGCUGCGGACCAACAGCUUGCGGGUGGUGUCCAUCCCCCGCUCUGCUUCCGCCUGGCCAAGAAGCUGACCUUCAAGGGCACCAGGAAGUUCCUGGGUCUGGGGCGCUGCCGCCAGCUCCUCAACACGGACCUGAGGCUGCCCAGGGCCACCCUGGACGUCGUCCUCAGCCUCAACAAGCCCACCUUUGAGAUCUGCAGCCUGUCCGAGUCCUCGGGCGUCCACGCUGUCUGCAGCCAGCGAGACGGUCAGAUGCUGAGGUGGGUCCCGGCCGCACGGACAGACGGACAGACAGGUCUGGGCCCGAGGCCUGCGCCCCUCUGGCCCGCCUCGCCAUGCUCUGAGGGUCACUUGGGCGGCAGGCGCCUUGUUGGUGACACUUGGCCUCUCAGGUGUGGAGCCCUGUGGUACGGAGCUGUGGCCACGUGGAGGCAUCCGGGCCUCGUGUGUGUGUGUGUGUGUGUGUGUUUGCGCGCGUGGUGGGGGGUGAUGAAACCCUGCGUGAUCGUGAGGGUCUCACAGGCCAUGGGCAGGGCUCACUGCACCGCAGCGCCGGCCCUGCGGUCACGUUUAAGGAAGGCCCCGCCCCCGAGCCUCCGACCGCCUGCAGAGGACGGGCACCAGCGCCAGCCCCCGGUGUCCUGGGAGAACAACCCCUUGGUGGUUCCCCUCCUCCCUGCCAGGGCCGAGCCCACCCACGGACGCUGUCCCCUGCCUGGAACCAACAACAGCAUCUGGAGUUCACCUGCGCGUCCUGCCUGGCCCCGGGCUGGCGUGUGGGCUCCGCGAGGUGUCCGUGCCCAACUAGGGGUUGGCUCUCCCCCCACUGUCACUCCACACCUGGCCCCUCCCCUCUCUGCACCUGGCUUCCCCCCCACUCUGUCACUCUGUACCUGGCCUCCCCCCACCCCCCGUCACUGCACCUGGCUCCCUCCUCCCCCGCGCCCUCCCUUGGGCCCUAGGAGACAGAAGGAGUGUGCAGCGGUUGUGGGAUGGGAGGCCGCGGGGUCCUCACUGCCCUGUGCCCCCAGCUGCGGGAAGGGGCUCCUGGGCACCCACACCAAGGUGGAGGGCGAGGGCGAGGCGGGCGUGGGGACCGUCUGCAUCUGGGGCCGGAACGUCUUCAUGGGCUACCUCGGCGACAAGGCGGCCCCCCGCCGGACGAUCGGCACGCCCAGCUGGGUGCACACGGGGGACCUGGGUUUCCUGAACGCCAACAACUUCCUCUACGUCGAGGGCAGCGUCAAGGGCGUCAUCACGCUGAGGUAGGGCGAGCCCAUCAACCCCGGCCCCAUGGAGGACCGCGUGAGGACGUGCGUCCCCAUAGUGCGCUGAGCCGUGCUGGUGGGCCAGGACGCCCCGUACCUGUGCGCCCUGCUCACGCUCAAGUGCCAGAUCAGCUCGGAGACGGGAGAGCCCCAGAACGCGCUGACCAGCGAGGCCGUGGCCAGUCCACGCGGCUGUGGGACAUCGUGGGCGGCGCGACCCGCCGUCAUGGAGUCCAUCGGGCGGGGCAUUGAGGCCGCGAACGCGGAGGUCCUCUCGGACGGCGCCAGGAUCGUCAAGUGGACCGUCCUGGACGCGGACUUCUCGGUGGCCGGCGGGGAGCUCGGUGAGCCGGGCGGGCGGGCAGGCGGGGCUGCUGCCCGCGCACACACCGACGUCCUGGGGACGGUGGUGGGGAGGGGGGCCACCAGGAAGCUGAGGGGGGCGGCGGUGGCCAGGAUGUGCCAGGCGCAGACCCAGGAGGUUCGUGCGGAUGACCAGCAGCGCUAG